AUGCAACAUGCAUUUUCUUCAUCCACAUGCAAUUGCUGUAACAGUGCAUUCAAAGCUGUUCGAUCUAAUCAUAUACAAUGCCUCACACAUAUGAAUAAAAAAGAUUUGGAACAACGUGACAUCAGUGGGCAAACACCGCUUCAUGUGGCUGCUAAACUUGGCUUUUUGCAAGCUAUCGAUUUACUACAACACGAAGCACCAUCAACACAGGAUGCUGUAUCAGUAUUUGGAGAAAAUCCGGCUCUCGUUGCUGCAGGUGAAGGACAGACGCUAAGUGUUGAAUUAUUGUUCAGUGGAAAUUCAAAAUAUGCUUUAACUCGGGCACAACAACGAGACAUCAAUGGCACUACGGUUUUAAUGGCUGCUGUUGCGCGAGGCAAUAAUGACUUGGCAUUGUGGCUUUUGAGACGUUUCGGAAAGAAAUUGGCAAUGUUACCCAAUAACUUCCGUAUGCUACCACUGCAUGUCGCUGCUGAAAAAGGCAAUAUUGAGUUUAUUCGUAACGCAAUCAAAUAUGAUCGACGCAUGGUUAAUUUCAGAGAUCAGUUCGGUUGUACACCAGUCUUUUAUGCAGUUCAAGGAGGAUGUUUUAACUGUGUUAGACUUUUGAUCGAGAAAGGUGGUGCAGAUAUUUGCAUAGUAUCAGAUAAAGGACAGUCAUUGCUGCAUGUUGCAUGUCUCGCUGGCCAUGCGCACAUUGUUCGAUGGAUUGUAAAUCGUUCUGCAGCCAAUGUUAUUUUGUGGACAACGAAGGAUGACGCUAAUGCUAUACAUUGCGCCUCAUAUAGCGGAAGCGUUGCUGCACUAUACAUUUUACUUCAUACCAUUCCUCAUAAACGUCGACGACGGAUACUUGCAUUGCGAGAUUCACGUGGUAACACUCCGCUUCAUCUUACGGCUAUCAAUAAUCACAUUGAUGCCGCACAGUAUUUGCUGGAAAAUGGUGCUGAACCGCGAUUGCUCAAUAAAGGAGGACAAACAGCUGAAGCAAUUGCUUGCAUACGAAAAAAUUAUCAACUUGCGAGACUUCUAUCUUACUGGAAAGAGCGAAAACAGAAGAAAAGAAAAGAAUGGUUUCCAUCGUGGGCGACGACCGAUACACUGCACAUGGACAAUGUCUACUCGACCGAUUAUUGGAGUACCUCAAACCAUACUAUGCCGAAUAGUUCAAGCCAUAUUAUCCCAAUCAAUACUGCUACAUCCCCAUCAUUACAACAAAACAAUGCUUCAAAACAUUCGUGGAAGAAAUUCAAUAAGGCCAAUCCAGUUGAGGUGAUAGUGAGUGAACUGCGCCCAAUAACCUACGUCGCAUCGGAUGAAGGUGGUCGAAUUUAUGAGGAUCAUUCAAUUCAAACCGACCGUGAUUCCUUGCGAACUGCAACAAAGAUCCUGGAUGAAGACGAAUGGCGAGAAAGCCUGGCAGCAGUGGCACAAAUUGACAGAGUCCUACAGGAAAUCGACGCUUAA